GAAAUUGCAUCGUGAGACGUGGAGCUACAUGUCCAUGACAGCAGAGCUCUUGCGCACGACCUGAUGAAUGCCAGUUGUUGGUGUUCUGUCCCUCGCUAGACGGGCCCAACAUGUUACGAGAAGUCCCCAUGUCCGUUCCUGCCCAAUUGGCAAUAACGCUCGUCACUUCAUCGACAACUCGGUCCAUCGCUCCUUCUCCCAAUCGACCCAUUUGAAGAGCGAUUACCUUCCUGCAGACAAGCAGGAGUCCUUCCUUCGCAACAUCGUCACCGACUCUUCCCAAACUCGCCAUGUCGCUCGCCAUUGGUAUCAACCACACCAAGACAAAGUUGAAUAUCGACCAUGGCAUCUCUCCUUGAGUCCCAAACAUGGUGCCUUGAAGGCCAUUCUGGAUCAAAGACUCCAACGACUGGCCGAGUCGGAAUCCUCUAACGUCACAACCCUCCCUCAAACUGCGCAAGAUGAGGAAGCCAUACAAUCUCUAGGCUACGAACAGGAUCGUGUCGACUACUACACCAACAUUCUUUCCUCCAAAGACUCGCUGUUCGCUGCACGCCUGCUGACUUCGGCCCAUGCCCCUCCUUUCUUCGUCUACAAGGACUUUCUCGCCCGUCCUCACAUCCGUCCCGAAGCUCUUCGUCUCCUUCUAGACUAUCUACCGGCUUGGGAAGCUGGAGACUUGUUGAACGGCCGUGUGCCGAAUCUAGUCUAUUGCGUCUUCGAGAGCUUUUUGCAUCAUUGUCGCCGAGUCUGGCCCAAUGCGAUGCCCGUCAUGGCCACCUACUUGACCCAGCACCUAUGCCUGUCGGACAAAGACCUGCUUCACAUCCAGGAGAAUGGCACAGCCCCCGAGUCCAUCUCGCGGUUGACGUCCCAAUACAACAAUGCUUUGCGUCUGCUCGCUAGACCUUCGCACAUCUCCCCUUUCAAGAACUCCCGCUUUCAAGAGGCUGCUCAAGCCAUCAUUCUAAGACACAUGGCUGAUCAUACCCCUCCUCUUGUCAUCAACAGGCUAGGCUAUCGCGCUGUCGCACGCGUUCAACUAGCCGCAAAAAAGACGCCACAGGAGCAAGAGUGGGCCAGACUCAAGUCGCCUUCUUGGCCGCCAUGGAAAGAGGAUCGCACAGGCAUGGACGCUCAUAUCGGUCUAGAGUACGGCGUUAGUCGUGCCCACCAGAUCUUGCUCAGGAUGCAGGAGGCUGGUUACCCAAUGAAGGACUGGGAGCAAGUUGCCAUGAUCUAUGCCGGCUGGGAUACCGAUCGCAGUCCCACGAUCCAGAAGAGAAUCUUCCUAGACGACCUGCCAAAAGCCAAGCUUAUAACAAACCUCUGGAUUGCGCGAAUCAAAACAACUCGCACGACUCAGCAAGCAUGGGCUUGUUUCUUGGCUUAUCAGGAUGAGCAUCUUCCAUCUAACGAUCGCAUCUAUCACGCAAUGUUUGAAGUCUUGAUACAGGAACGCAAGAGAAACAUGAUGGGCUCAGAAAACAUUGGGCAUGAGAUCGAUGAUGACGGAGCCAGUCCUUUGUAUCCUGGUGAUACACAGGAAAUUGGUUCGCCUCCCUCGUCAGCCCAUCAACUGACUUACAUUCGUGCUGAGAUACCUUCGAUCCAACAGCUGUAUGACCACAUGCGUGAGGAUGGAGAAGCUCUGUCUGAUGAUACGCUCACUAUGCUAUUGGAAAGUGCCGAGUCUCUGCAAGAGGGCUUGGCUUAUCUCGAGACCGGGGCUCAGCGCUAUCGUAUUGCUGUGAGCGCUUUGCUGCAUGGAUCCAAAGAUUAUCAAGCUUUGCACGUUCUGCCUGACCAUCUGUUCACUGCCUACGUACGACUUCUAUGCCGCUUUCCUCAUACUCCACUUGACACGGAGUUGAAGCUACAAUGGCGUUAUGGCAGCAUAAUUAAGACCAACUUCGAUCUUCGUCAGCCCCUGGCGCGCGCUCUAAAUCUCUUGGUCCAGCAGAAGCGAACGUAUCGUCCAGCGUGGAACUCCAUCUUCAAAGCAUUGGCUCGUAGGACCGCACCAACCCUGGCCUCAAGCUGGCGCUCUCUGCACAUACGAGGAGAAGAAUCUCUCAGGCUGGAGAAUGAAUUGUACGACAAGAUCUUUGCCUUCAAUUUGGCACGACAAGUUACAGAGACUAUGUGGGAAAAUGAUCUCACACUCGAUGAAGAUGCUCUAUUGAGUCUCUGCAUCGUGACCGAACAUGCAGCAAGCGCAGUCCAUGCGGUCUUUCGGGAAUAUGGACAUAAACAGGAGUACGCCUCAGAAGCCACAGCUCGUCUCAUCACCCACGCAAACGGUGUAUUCCAAGAAGGACCCGACUGGAUGAAAGAACGAUUCUGGACUCUUGUCGAAGGUGCAAAGGACGCCAGAUCUCCCGAAUCUCAAAAGCGAAACAGCAAGGUUAAAUUGCCUACUUUGUAUACCAUUCCUCGCCCUGCUCUGCUGCAUGCGUAUAUUCGUGCUCUGGGACUACUUCGAGACUACAAUGGCCUGGAGGAAUUGGUCCACUGGAUGACCGAGCAUAGAGCUGAACUUGCCGAGCGCCGCGCCAUGGAUCGCAGGGGUGACAUCUUGAUGAGAAGAGCCUUGACCGCAUUACGUGUGUUCUUGGAAGACAAGUGGGAGCCGUCAAGACCUGGGGAAGAAGAGGGAGAGUUUGUGUCUGUAGCUCUGCCGGAGCAGGUAGAGGAUAUCGCAACAAUGGUAGACGGAGUCGAAGAUUGGGGUGGCUGGCCGUCUGAGGAAGACGCAACUAUGUAUGUGGAACGAGGUCAUGAUGUCUGGUAGGAUAGAAGGUUGAAGAAUGUACAUAUAUAUUCGAUUCUUGUAGAUACAUCAUUCUGGAG